UCUGAACAUUAGACUAAUGAUCUUAAAUGUAGACUGAAGUCUCAGGCAUUAUAAUAGAAAGACUGCCUCUGGCCAGCUGUAUCGCACAGUAAGUGCAGGAAGGAGGAUUGUUGUGAUUUGUGUCUUUGACCAGAAGCAAGCAGCUCAGGACUGAGAACAGGCAGAGGCAGCUAGUUCAGAAGACUGGACUACUUCAGCAUUGCUGCUGCCCAUCCCACACGUCUCCUGUAGAAAGUGGACUGUUGCAGAACUGACAAUCAGGACAUUCUGGGUGGACUUGCACACUGAUCUGUGAUUCCAAGAUAUUUCCAGUGCUUUUACUUGUGGUUGUUUAUGCUCUCCCCUGAGGAGAGAUGGUUCAAAUGUGGCUAGUUCUGACUCACUUCUUAUAUUUCCUAACUGGCCAGGUUCAAGGGUCAGUGAGCAACAUGUUUGCAGUGACUGGUACUAAGGCUGUGCUGAGAUGCCCUUAUAUAUCAGUGGCACCAAUGAUUUUGGCAGUAUGGAAUAUAAGUGCAAAGAAUGGAAUGGGAUGCUUAUUGGCUUACAGAGCUGAUACCAAUGAGACAAAAAAUGUAAACUGCAGCGAGAGGAUGACGUGGGAAUCUAGACCUGAUUAUGACCCUUCCCUUCAGAUUCACCCUGUAAAGCUUGCCGAUGAAGGAACUUACAUGUGUGAAGUUGUAAAUAGUGAUGGGAGUUUUUAUGAGACCUAUGCUCUGACCGUGUUCGUCCCUCCAGAAGUGACUUUAACUUAUGAGAGCAGUGGGAUUGCUCUAUGUCAGGCAUCUGCAGGGAAGCCAGCUGCACACAUUUCAUGGGUCCCUAAGAAUGGUCACAGUGUUGAGAAUAAAGUUCAUCACCUCAAUGGAACAGUGACCACAGUCAGCAGAAUGUACUGGAUCAACAGCGCUGCCAUUAACAAGAGUUGCUUAAUUACCCACCCAACCAAAAAUUGGACUCUGUCCAUUGAUCUGUCACCAACAUUCCCCAUAUUCCAGUGUGUCUUGAUAGUUGCCUUUUCCUGUGUUGCUGUUGGUGUUCUUGGUGGUGUGAUUCUUUACCGGGCUUUAAAAUACCAAGCUUCCCGGUUAUCAGGAUCGGCACAUGUUCCCCCAGUGGCAAAUCAGACUGGAGAUAAUAUCAGACUCCAAUCCAGGACUCAGAAAAUUGACACAGUUUACUCUUUCAUCGGGUCAGGUGGCAUCUCUGAGAAUUAUCGUGUGCGGAAUAUGGAUGAAAGACACUAAGUACAUAACAGCGCAUAUACAGACAGGCUUGUAUGAAAGCUGUUACUAAUCACAUCGAAAUUGAUAUUUAACAAAUCCCAGAGCUAUUACAAAAUGGGUCAGAUGAACUGUAGAACACAUAAAUGCCUUCUUCAGGAGCUUUUUAUCAAGAAGACUUGAUUUUGAGUUCCUCUGUUUGUCUGUCUUACUUCUGCUACUUUAGUGUCAUGUUGUUAACCAUCAGAACAGUCAGGAAUGUACCCUUUGGCAUUUCAAAAGCAAUGAUGGUGGAUGCUGGAGGGAUGAUGUGGGGGAGAGGGAGGUAUGUCAGGAGACAGAUCACUCUAGAUGAGGGGUGGGCAAUUAUUUCAGCUGGAGGGCUCCUUCACAACUUUCGGUGAUAUGUCAAGGGCUGC